UAUUAAACAGCAGCAGAAGAAGACGAAGAAGGAGGCCUAUUCUCAUGUGAAAGGUUAACUAAUACUUCUUCUACCCUCCGAGAUUAGGGCUAAAUUCAAAAUCCAGCUGUUCAACAACCUUCGUGGCUCGUUAACUUGCUUUAGAAAGCCACGGGACCAGGAUGCAAGAGGAGUAUUUGUGAAGAACGACCCGACCACGUGCCAUGUCUCUGGUUUUCCUACGACCCAACACCAACGCAGUCCACGGUAAGAAGGAUAAAAGACUGAUGGCAGAGGUGAAUGCAUCACCGCUCAAGCACUUUGUAACAGCAAAGAAGAAGAUCAACGGAAUCUUUGAACAAUUGGGCUCCUACAUUAAGGAAAGCACGUCCUUUCUAGAAGAUACGUACAAAAAUGAUGAGUUGGACCCAGUCACCACAGAGGAGCAGGUCCAGGAGGUGCAAGGUUACCUUGCAAAGGUGGCAGGGAUCGGCGAAGUGCUCGCCCGCAGACAUAUGAAGGUGGUCUUCUUUGGGAGGACCAGUAAUGGGAAGAGCUCAGUGAUCAAUGCCAUGCUAUGUGAUAAGGUGCUGCCGUCAGGAAUAGGACACACCACCAACUGUUUCCUGAGGGUGGAGGGCACAGAUGGCAACGAGGCCUUCCUCCUCACAGAAGGCUCUGAAGAGAGGAAGAACAUAAAGACGGUAAACCAACUAGCCCACGCUCUCCAUCAGGAUGAGGACUUAGAUGCCGGCAGCUUGGUCUGUGUCAUGUGGCCCAAAGUCAAGUGUGCUCUGCUCAGGGAUGAUCUAGUGUUGGUGGACAGCCCAGGUAUCGAUGUUACCACAGAAUUGGACAGCUGGAUUGACAACUUCUGCCUUGAUGCUGAUGUGUUUGUUCUGGUGGCAAACUCUGAGUCCACACUGAUGCAGACGGAGAAGUCCUUUUUUCACAAGGUCAAUGAGCGACUCUCCAGUCCCAACAUUUUCAUCCUCAACAACCGCUGGGAUGCUUCAGCCUCAGAGCCUGAAUACAUGGAGGAGGUUCGUAGGCAACAUAUGGACCGCUGCACCAAUUUCCUGGUGGAUGAGCUAGCUGUAGUGGACCGGACCCAGGCCAGUGACCGCAUCUUCUUUGUUUCUGCCAAGGAAGUACUGCAGGCUCGAGUGCAGAGAGCUCAAGGAAUGCCUGAAGCAGGUGGAGCUCUUGCAGAGGGAUUUCAAGCCAGAAUGUUUGAGUUCCAGAACUUUGAGAGGCGCUUUGAGGAAUGUAUCUCACAGUCAGCGGUGAAGACCAAGUUUGAGCAGCACACUGUGAGGGCCAAGCAGAUCUCUGAAGCCCUGCGCCACAUUAUGGAUUCUAUACAUAUUGCUGCACAAGAGCAGAGGGUCUACUGCCUUGAGACUAAAGAAGACCGUCAGUGCCGAUUGGAGUUCAUUGAUAAGCAGCUGGACCUGUUGACCAUGGACUGUAAGGCUAAAAUCAAGAAGAUUACUGAGGAGGUGGAGAGACAGGUCUCCAAUGCCCUGGCAGAGGAAAUCAGGAAGCUAAAUGUUCUGGUGGAUGACUUUCACAUGGACUUCCACCCAUCAUCAGUAGUGAUCAAGGUCUACAAGAAUGAGCUUCAUCGGCACGUAGAAGAGGGUCUGGGAAAGAACAUGUCACAGAGGUGUUCCACCUCUAUUACCAGUUCGCUGCAAGCUACACAGACUGACAUGAUUGAUGGUCUGAAGCCUUUACUGCCCAGCCCAGUCAGAGAGCAGGUUGAUAAGCUAGUUCCUCGCCAGUGCUUCAGUCUCAGUUAUGACUUGGCCUGUGACAAGCUUUGUAGUGACUUUCAGGAGGACAUCAGCUUCCACUUCUCUCUGGGCUGGACCAUGCUGGUCAACCGCUUCCUGGGUCCCAAAAAUACCAGGCGGGCCCUUGUGGGCUACAAUGACCAGGUCCCUCGGCCCAUGGCCCUGACUCCUGUCAGCACUACCAUACCUCCUUUCCCGCAAAGCUCUGUGACCCAGGAGGAGCUCAUGGUCUCCAUGGUGACAGGUCUUGCAUCCCUCACCUCCCGUACUUCUAUGGGCAUCCUUGUGGUUGGUGGGGUGAUCUGGAAGGCAGUGGGUUGGCGGCUGAUCGCCUUGUCAGUUGGCCUCUACGGACUCCUCUAUGUUUACGAGCGGCUCACCUGGACCACCAAGGCCAAGGAGAGAUCCUUUAAGAGGCAGUUUGUGGACUACGCCAGUGAGAAGCUGCAACUCAUCGUCAGCUACACUGGAUCCAACUGCAGCCACCAAGUCCAGCAGGAGUUGGCCGGUGUGUUUGCUCAGCUCUGCCAGCAGGUAGAUGUCACCCGUCAGAAUCUCGAGGAUGAGAUCACUGACAUGAGUAGGAAGAUAGAGCUACUGGACAGCCUGCAGAGCAAGGCUAAGCUUCUGCGGAACAAGGCUGGCUGGCUGGACAGUGAGCUGAACAUGUUCACCCAACAGUACCUCCACCAUAGCAAGUAAAGCAGGCAGAGGCUUCACCUGAGAGACUGAAGGACAGCAGGAAAACAUCUGCUCGCUCCAGCUGUUGAAGUAUCUCCUCUAGUUGACACGCUGAAUAUAAAGAGAAGAAACAAUCAAAAAUGUUCUGAAGAGUAGAAGUAGAAUGGACAGUUUAGAUGUAACUGAAUGGAUGUGAUAUGGAUUCAUGGACACUAGUUAAGGAUCAGUUGGUGAGUAACCACACAAACAAUAUUAAACAUGAGGCUCAACUUGAUACAAAGGUUAAACCACAGAUUGUUUUUCAUGUUCAUGAUGAGCUGAUGUCUCCAUGUGGCUAACAGAUCUGACUCUUAUCACUAAUCCAGUCUAAACUCUCCUUACAACCUUAUCGGUAGUUUUCAGUAACUCUGUCAGCCUCUCUAGUCAGUCCUUGUAUUUGUCCCAGUCAGCUCUGCCAAAUUGAACCUGUGUACAUUUGAUUUUGUAAAUACAUUUUAACAAUGGAAAAGUGCCAUGAAGUGAGAGGCAGAGCACAUGAGGGAAAGGAAAAUAAUGUGUCAUAUUAUGAGGAUAAUGAAAUGAACUAAAGACAUGCAAACUAAUUUAUUCCUCCAGUUGCUGAAAUAAAUUUGAAUAUUGAAGAUAUUGUAGUUCAGUUGGAGAUUGUUUAACAUUUUUAAUUGACUUUUCCACACUGUCUCAUUUGGUCCUAGUUUAAGUGAUGAAAGGGAAACUACUGCUCACUCUUAAAGUCUUGCUAAUGAGCACCAAGUAGAGCUGAUUUGAUUGGACAUGUCACAUGCUGAUGGGGGUCAUUCAAACUGUUUGCUCUGCUGUGUCUAAUCUAGACACUAUCUGGUCAUCUUGUAUGUAGAGUGGCUCUGACAUGUUAAGUUACUGACUGUGUCCUUUCCUUUAAUACUUCCUCCAAGAGUAAACAUACAUGUUUUGAGAGGAUGGUUUAGGCUGAGAAGUGAAUUAUUAGAUUUUAGUAGAUUGAACAGUGAAGUAAAAAAUAUGAGACCCCUGUAUAUAACCUCUAAAAGUAUCACUCUGAUGAUAUUCUGCACUUUUCCUGACUCCCAUACUCCCUGUGGCCUCCACCUUCAAGCCCAGUGGAUUAGAUACAUCUUUAUAACCAUGCACUUAUUGCAGUAUACAUUAUCGUUUCAUUUAAGGGGGGGGGGG